AUGGUGGACGAUUCUCAAGAAACCUUUACACUUAAAUUGUAUGGCAAUUCAAAGGAUUCGCUACAAAAGGCCGCUGAAGCAAUGCUGAGCGUGGUGGGCGUGAAGGGUAGGGAGGAGAGAAAGAUUCGUUCUGAGUACUUUAUCAAUGAACUGGAUAUUAACACGCGCGCCGUUAAGCUUUUGGCUGCGUGCAACAUCCUGAACGAGGGUACCCCUCAUCAUCUUUCAGAGAAAGUUAUCCGAAGCAUUGUAUCAACUGUACGUUUUGUGCGCCCUCAGAGUGUACGACACUUUUUCGUUACUAGCACCAACGGUGAUAGGGAGAAGCUUGAUGUCGUGAGCAAGAUUAUCUCGCAGGUCAAAGGAGUGCAAGCUAUUAUGUUUUGCGAGCAAAAGCGUGUGGAAUCGUUCGCCACUGAAGGCGGUAUUCAGCGCCUGACGAAACAUUUCAAUGGUGUGCAUCCAAAGUUUCUGUACCGUAAAAUGUCAAAGGAAGAGCGAAUGAAAAAUCUAGAAGAGUUUAAGCAUGGUGCAGAAAAUGAAAAUGGAGUGAAGCAGCGGCUUCUUGUGACCAAUGAAGACUAUGCCAAACUUGCGCGCAAGACGAUUAUUCCAUUUGUGAACCUUGUCAUUAAUCUUAACGUUCCGCGUGAUGAGUUCUAUGUGGUACAGUCAUUGGUAGCCGGUCGUCAAGGCACUGUGGGUAUUUCCUUCCAGUUCGUCAGUCAGAUGGACACAGGCAAAUUCGCUGACAUUAAGGAUCUGGUAAACUUUGAGGAAUACACCAAUGAGCAGGAAUUUCGUGAAGCCGUGCUGAAGCUUUCCUAUGAUACCCGAGAUGCUCCUCUGACGUCCCCAGAUGCGGAACCACAGGAUGACUGGCGUGAACAUCUAAAUGAUCCAAAGCCUAAGGCUCCUCAGCAUAAUCGGCAUAAAUGA